AUGGACGGUGGGUGCGCGGACGGGGGCCAAGUAAAGCGAGCCGGGCGCCCCGCGUCAGUAGGAAGGCAGAUAGCCAUGGCUAGUGGUACUAGUGGGCAUGUGCUAGCGGUGAGUGCGCUGCCGCUGGACAGGCCGGUAUUCUGCGCGGAAGAUGAGGGUGUGUUGGAGGUGGUACGGCGGCUACAGGCGGAGGGCGGGCACUGUGCGCUGGUGGGGGACGGCGGCAGGGUGGCGGGUAUAAUCACGACGAAAGACCUCGCGCUGCGCGGGCGCGGGAGCGCGCGGGAGCGUCGGGUGCGGGAUGUGGUGACGUGGGGCGCGGUGACAGUAGACGAGCACGCGCCGGUGAACGCGGCGCUGGAGUUGAUGGUGGUGCGGCGGCUGCGGCAUCUGCCGGUACUGCAGGCGGGGAGCAGGGAGGUGCUGGGGGUGCUGGACAUCACCAAAUGCUUCCAGCUGGCGAUGGCGUGGCUAGAGUGGGCAGCGGUCGGCGGGACGCGGCUGCAGGACGUGCUGAGCGACGUCGCGUGCGGCGCGGCGGACGGUCGACGGCGGGCGCUGGGCAUUGCGCGCGUGGUGCAGCAGAUGGAGAUGCCCACCUUGCAGUGGCUGCUCGCGUCGCGGCGCUACGCGACGGGGCUUGCCGUGGCGAGCCCGACGACGACGGUGCGCGAGGCGCUGGCGCUGAUGCGGCGCCUCGACACGACGGCGGUGCUGGUCCGCGACGUGGAGCCACUGGCUGCUGGGGCGCAGGGUCUGCCAAGCCCGCAUGUGCGCCCGGGACGGGGCGCCGAUGCGUACACUGUAAUUGGCAUCUUCACGAGCAAGGACGUGGUGUGUAGGGUGCUCCAGCAGGGCCUGGAUCCAGAGACCGACGGGUGCACACUUGCCCGAUUUAUGACAUCGUGGCCGCAGUACGCGGCCGAGACGGAGGGGCUACAUUCUGCGCUGCUGAUGAUGCACGAUGGACAUUACCUGAAUCUUCCGGUUGUCAAGACUACAGGGGCUAUCGUGGGCCUCUUUACUGUGUUGCAGCUUACUCACGCAGCGCUGAGUUGGUGUCUCGAGGGACGCUUGCAGGGAGACAGUCUGCAUGUCGGAGGGGCAUCAUGUGCCGUUAAAAAGGAAACAGGUGAUCCCGGGGCCCAUGGACGAUUGACGAGGGCCGAUCAGUGGUACAACCUUGUCGGAGAGCACGACUAUAUUUAUUUUCUACAGUCGUUCGAUACUUCGGACUAUGCCUGCUCUAUCUCGUCGUCUUCGAGCCAGUCGCCGACUAAGAUGCAGCAGUCGUGCUUGGUUUCCCAUCGACAGCUGGAUACAAUCUCUAACCCCGAAUUAGAGUUCACCAAUGUCCGAUUGUCCCCCCAGCACACGCGUUUCCGGCGACCAGGUUUCUGUAAAAGGCAGAGGACACUGCUGCAGAAGGAUUUCUUCGGGAACUGUGCUUCUGGAACGCACACCUGCCGAGUUGCCGUAGUCCUAGCCGACGGAGAUGGCUCGAACUUCAUCAAUUCUGUUAGGGUACUUGUACGUGGAAAUGGCCUGGAUUCCUUUAGACGCCUUAUCGUUAAGAUAGACGCCACGCUAAAGCUCGGCAGUGCUAUAGGGGACAGCGAUAUGUACCAUAUCAACUGCCCAGAUAAACUUAUUAAGUGUGAACAAGAUUUCCAAGACAUAUUAAAGCUGCAUUUCAAGACCGCGGGCUACGGUUCUGAUAUCCCGUUAAUUCUGAAGCUUAAACGGUACUCUAAGCCCGGAUGGGGGCUAUCCUUAUUGAACUGGCUAAUUUCCAGGUUUCAGGCGUUGCGUAGCGUCGCCGAGUCAUCCUGGAUGAAGUUCGGGGUUUUCUUUAUGUUAGGUGUCGGCUUCGGCAAGAUGUUAUUGUAG